AGUUGGAGAUGUCAUUUACCUGGUUACCCGUGUAGGAGGCGAGUUACCCCAGGUCUUGGCCCCGCGGCUGCUAAUUAGACAAUGCGGAGAAGCUCGACUUGGCCAUUUCUGGACACGCGUAAAUUAGCAACGCAAGAGGUGAGAUUGGGCUGCAUCUGGGCCAACUAGUGUAUGCAUGUAGGACGUCCAUGUAGCAGUGAUUAAGACUGAUCGACGGUAUAUAAGAGAUGGCGGUGACAGGGCAUCCUCUUCGAUGUGCCCCGUAAACUUUGACUUCAGUAAUAGGGGCAAAUCUCUGUUCUGCUGUCACCAUGACGACUCCCGACUUGGCCAAAGAUAAUUUGGAUGUAGAGAGAGUGAGUACAGUGGAAGAUCUCAAGGAAGAAAGCCAACAACAACCCGUCUUGUUCGAUGCCGUUGCCGAGAAGAAGCUUCUUAGAAAGUGCGAUCUAUACGUCCUUCCGCCCGUCAGCUUCAUCUUCUUCCUAGCCUUUCUCGAUAGAACCAACAUCGGAAAUGCGAGAAUACAAGGGUUGACAGAGGACCUGCAAUUGUCCGGCCACGAUUACAAUGUUGCGCUCUUCAUCUUCUUUAUUCCCUACAUUUUGUUCGAAGUUCCCUCCAAUAUCAUAAUCAAGAAGCUUGCACCCUCCACGUGGUUAAGCCUUGUCAUGGUGCUUUGGGGCAUAGCCACCGUUGGUCAGGGCUUGAUUCGGAAUAUCGAAGGUCUGAUCGCGUUGCGAUUCUUGCUGGGUCUAUUCGAGGCCGGUGUUUUCCCAGGUUGUGCCUACUUGAUCAGCAUGUAUUACAAGCGUUUCGAGCUUCAAUGGCGCAUGUCUCUUUUUUUCUGCGCCGCUAUCAUAGCAGGAGCAAUUUCGGGACUACUGGCUUAUGGAAUCGCCCACCUGGGCGGAGUUGGCGGUUAUGGUGCGUGGCGCUGGAUUUUCAUUCUAGAAGGGCUGUUCACUAUCGUCGUCGGCGUCAUAUCAAAGUGGUGGAUAGCAGACUGGCCUGAAACUGCGAAGUUUCUCACCGAUGAAGAGAGGAGCCUUCUUAUCGCACGCCUCGCCCAAGACACUGGUGAAGCAAAGAUGGAUGAACUUACUCCGAAGGCCAGAAAACGCAUCCUAUCCGAUUGGAAGGUAUACGUAGGAACCUUGGCUUACCUAGGCAUAGUGAACACGGGUUAUUCAGGGUCUUUCUUCAUUCCAACAAUUCUGAACGAGAUGGGCUACAAGGCUGCCGAAGCCCAAGUACGAACUAUUCCAAUCUACGUAGUGUCGACUGUAAUAUGCUUGGUAGUCGCAUACGCAACCGAUCGGCUAAAACAUCGGUACACGUUCGUCAUGGGUGGCCUGGCUGUGGCCGCCGUGGGCUACGGUCUUCUACUUGGACAAGAAGGUCUUUCUGUUGGCGUCAAGUACUUUGCGCUCUUCCUCAUCGUGGGCGGUGGUUAUGCGGUACAGCCAAUCGUGAUCGCAUGGCUGGCUAACAACGUGUCGGGCCACUACAAGCGAUCUGUCUCAUCCGCACUUCAGAUCGGGUUCGGAAAUGUGGGUGGCAUUGUAGCGUCCAACAUCUUCUUACAGAGCGAGGCUCCUCGAUACACAACCGGAUAUGGAGUCAGUCUCAGUUUCUUGGGUCUAUGUGCUUUGGCUUGUACUGUUCUCUUCUUUGGGAUCAAGCGAGAGAACAAGAAAAGAGAUCGCGGAGAACGUGAUUAUCGACUUGAGAAGGACGAUGCCCAUAAUCUCGGCGAUGAUCAUCCUUCUUGGCGCUUUACUUCUUAGGCGGCUUGGAUUAGAUAUCAUAGAAACUUAUCUGGCUAAGCAUGAGCUGCAUGUUUGCUAAUGUAGAAUGGAUAUGGAAUAAUGGGAGGUUAUGAAGUUGAAACCAAAAGCAAGAGGCUUCGUUGUUAGUCGCUUGAUGCUUGCAUCCUAUUAUUUGUAUAGUUCCAGGCCAACUUUAUUGCCGAUCAAAUCACAAUAAACUAUUGGAUUUCUCA